CCAGUCCAGGUUUUGUGUGCUGGUGUUCAUACUGGCUGCAGCCUGCAGCAGCAGCAGCCCACACUCAGCUCUCUCCCUGAGCAGCAGUGGACUCAGUCAGACCUGCUGCUGGUUUUUGUUGGUGCUGUUGUUGUUUUUCUGCUGGAGCUUCUCACACUGCAGUUUUUUCAACAGUCAUGUUACCAAAGACUCGUCUGGGGAAGCGUUCUCCACUCGGGGCGCUAGUGAGCCCGGCAGCUGGACCACGUGCUGACCAGACAGGCGAGGCCGGCGUCACCAUGGCGACGGCAGCAGGACAGCAGGCUGUCAGCAGGAUCAAAGGUCAUCCUGGACUGAAGGUGUAUUUUCAGUGCGGAGGAGCAGGUGAACCUUCAGGUCCGGUGGAUCAGCUCGACUUCAUGCAGAGUGAUGUUUCUGUCUGGUCUUUAUUUCAUCCCUCCUCCUCUUCCUCCUCCUCCUCCUCCUCCUCGGUGCCUCCGUCCGGCAGCAGAUCCGUCUCCUCCUGCAUCGACGUCCCCAGAAGUCAGAGGAGUCCAAAGGACGUGGAUAUGGACGAGAUGAUGGCAGCGAUGGUUCUCAGCAGUUUGUCCUGCAGCCCGCUGUUGCACAGCUCCGCCCAUCCAGACCCAGCAGCUCCUCUGAUGGAUUUUGGAGGUGGCGAGCUCUCUGACAGCGGCAGCAGCGGUUACUGGAGCGUCGGCCACGGCAACGUGAGCCCAGUCCCCUCUCCACCAAUCGCAGAGCCCGACAUCGGCCCGGUCACGCCCCCUGACGAAGGCCUGGACAUGGAGAUGGAGCAGGUGCUGUUUGACGAGCCGGCGCCACGGAAACGCAGGAACUCAGUGAAGGUGGCGUACAGGUGUCUGUGGCCGAGCUGUGGGAAGGUGCUGACGUCUGUGGUUGGAAUAAAGCGUCACAUCCGGACGACACACCUGUGCCGCGGCAGCGAGCACGAGCGUUGCUCCCGCAGCGAGGAGGAUUUUUACUACACUGAGAUCAACCAGCAGCAGCAGCAACAGACUCCUCCUCUUCCUGUCCUCUGUGGCUCCGCCCCUUCCCCUCCCUACUCCCCCGGCUCGCUGUCCCCCUCCUCCCCUCCCAGCCCUCCCCCUCCCUCCCCUCCGUCCCCACCUCCUCCGGCCUGCGGCGCCCUGAGCCGCUCCGCCCCCUCCUCCUCCUCCGGCAGCUUCUGGCAGGUCCAAUCAGAGCACUCCUACCAGGCUCCGUCUCCCGGCCAUGUGGAGCCACCAGCACCAGCAGCAGCAGCAGCAGCAGCAGCAGCAGCAGCAGCUUUGAACACAGUUUCCUGUCGUUGGACGGCCCCACCCACCACCUGCCACAGACAGGGUUUGUCGUUUCGGGUGCGUUCGGUCAGCGUAGGAGAGCAGUGGCUGCAGCAGCAGAGCGCCCCCUGCAGGAGGAUUCGUGGUGAAGCCAAGAAAUGUCGCAAAGUCUACGGCAUCGAGCACAGAGACCAGUGGUGCACGGCCUGCCGCUGGAAGAAAGCCUGCCAACGCUUCCUCGACUGAACAGAGCAGAGGAAGAAAGAAAGAAAGAGAAGAAGAGGAAGAGGAGGAAACAGAAAGGAAGAGAGAAGGACUGUGAGUGAGGAGCUGAACCAAGACUCUCAGCUUCACCUGGUGGAUGUUUUAUACUUUCUUAUAUCUGAAACCAGAAAUAUUUCCUUUUUGUACUCUUUCUACAUUUUGCUAGAAGUGUUUUUAUUAUUUUUAUUCUAAAUGUGUAUUUUGUAGAUGUUGUCAUCUUAAAGAACCUGUGUCCUGGGGCAGCUAUGUAUGUGUAUGUGACCUUUGACCCGGUCACCUGCUGACUUUGAAGCAGCUGAGUGAGCUUUAACGUCCCAGCCGACUCUCCUCAGCCUCUGCGUCAGGAGAUAUGUGUACUCUCUAUAUAUAUGUUUAUCAGCAGAUUCAUAUACAUCUCAGUCGCCAUGGAAACAGAUGGAGGAAGAUGAGAGAGGGGGUUAGGGUUCACCCUGAAUCUUAGUUCUCAGGUUCAUGGAUCAAAACGUUACGAGUCACCACUUCUACAGGAUCCCAACAUGGACAAAAAACACACCGACACGCACAUUUUAGAAGUCGAGCACAGACAGAGUGAGUUAAAGAAGACACAUCUGUGAAAUUCUUAAAACAUCGUCUCCUUUUCCUACUUCAUGUAAAAAAAAUCCAGACUUUGUGAAUAUUGUUCAUAUUGUUCAAAGUCAUCUACAGUCUCGUUGGUGCUACUUCAGGCCGCUGAUUAAUCUGCAUUUUGUACACUGAAGUGAGUCAGGAGCAGUUUCGGACUCUGACACACCAAACCGCCCACAUUUUCAGGAUUAUCUCAGUUUUAUAACAGCAGUUUUGUCCUUCAGCUCCAACUUAAUGUGAUUCAGUGUUUAGGAAUUUGCAUCUCUGAGAUACAUUUAUAAAACUUACUAAAACUGAUCCUUUAUUCUCUAA